UUGCUGCAGACCAGUGAUGUCGUCGACGGCGUCCAGUCCUUUCGCCUGACAUUUACCGCACACUUUGUUUAAAUGUUCUGGGCGGCGGUGAGGGAACCUGCAUUGAACAAUUUAUGCCAUCAAUUACGGAAGGGAUGACAAGGGCAUUGCCGUGCAGGCGAUUUCUCGGAGCUAGUACCAGUACCCUAGUACCGGAGGGAACGCGAGCGCCGCGGCCAACAAUUGACUCGAUAAAUUCGGACGUCGUUUUUCAGCGGAUUUCGGUCUCCUUACUUCUCCUCCGUGCUUCACACUUUCACACUGAGGCUGAGUUUCCACAGGUGGCAAUACGACCAGACGACUACACCCCUCGUUCCUUUUUCAGCGGUCGUGGCCAUGGAGAAGAACCACCGUCCCCAUGUGCUAAAUGGGAAAACUUGGAACUAAAGCACAAAACGGUCUCAAUCUUUCUCAAAACUGAUUUUUUGGAAAGCGUCUUGCACUUCUUGUCUGCUGGUUCCAGGGGUGUGGAAUCGAAAGUUGACAUGGACCGUGGGGUGCUCUGCUCCGUGCCCAAAGAAGAUCCUGAAUAUCCACGGGAUGGUCGAAAGAUAUGCCUGAUUAUCUGUGUUCAGGAACCUUCGCAAGCAUUGGCACUCAAGAAUGAAAACCUGGUUAAGCAGCGAGAAGCAAAGAAGGAUGUAAUUCAAGAGACAUUCAAUGGAUUAGGAUACGAAUGUCGAGUGCUCCAGAAACCCACCCGCCAAGCCAUCAUGGAUGAACUUUCUAAGUACCGGUCGAAAGACAUUUCCCAUUUCAUCUGCUGGCUGCUGACGUACCACACUGAAAGUCGUCAAUUCUACGCAUACGACGAACAAAUCAGCUUGAAGGACAUCACUGGGUCGCUCCUGGGCACUUCUGAAACACCAGCACCAAAAUCAGCACCAAAACCAGCACCAAAAUCAGCACCAGAACCAGCACCAGAACCAGCACCAGAACCAGCACUUGUAGGAAAACCAAAGCUAUUUUUCGUUGACAGUGCGUACGUGGAGUGCAAGAAAGAAGGUAAUCUUGCUCACAGGAAGGAGCCAGAACAACCACAGAGCUCUUAUCUCAUACCAACUACGGCUGACUUCCUAAUAGGAUUCUCUCCAUUUCGUCAAACAGAGACCAAGUACGCGGAGGUCGUUUGCAAAGCGGUGAAAGAUCAUGCGAAAGGGGCUCCUGGAGACAACUUCAUCACUGCACUCGAUGUGGCAGCCAAGAAACUCGAGCAAAAUGCCGUGACCAGUACCUACAUUAGCACAUUGACGAAGACUUUCUCCAUGUCUCCCCAGCAAUGAGGUUACGUCGGAGCAGACUUCAUCAACAGCUCUCGUUACUUUAGGGCUAUUAAUUACGGUCUUGCAGUGUUUUAUUUUUUGGGGGGAGGGGGGGGGGUUAGGGUAGAUACUCGUGAAUGUGGGCUUCGCUUUCGAUGAUGACGGGUGAACUGAAAUCUCAAUACACGGUACCUCGUCUUUAUAAUGUCCCCCGCAGAGGAUGGCAUGCCUCGGCAACUUGUACAUUAACACCGUUUAGCUGUUAUCUUCAGCCGUUAUCAAACCCGCAGAAAUGGGAAACCACCGCGAUCUUCUGUAGUGCGGUAUGAAAUAUGCAAAAACGCCAUAUCUCCCUGCGUUCGGCAGAGUUCCGUUUUAUGUAGGACCGCUUUCUCGUCCCCCCCUCGCAGUGUCACAUACCCUCGUGGCGAAUUCCGCUUAUCGUUUUUGUGCAGCUCAAGUUAGUGUGACACAAGGUUCAGGGUAGAAAUGAAACACGACGAAUGUUACACUGAAGAGUCCAGUACUGUAAGCCAGUGGACAUCGCCAUUUGUCUACUGGCUGGCUGCAUCCAUGCUGUCGACUGCCGAGAAAGGUGUCCCUAUCGCCCCUUCUUUCUGUUUGUUCGUUGUCUCGCCCUAUUUCGUAGACAUGGUGCUCCCGGAAUGAUACUACCAAUUAGCAAACUAAGGAUACCAAUAAGCGAAAGGAGCAGGCACCACGCACCCCCAAGGAACCUGCGGAUUGAUGGGGCCGAACGCAUGGUACUCCACCUCCGUGGGACUCCAAAUAUUAACCGUCGAUUACCAUAAAUUACCGUAGGUUUUGCAGAAUCAUCGACGCGAGCAGGCUUCAACACCCGUCUGCACAGCAACGCACUUAGAGGUCCGCCUGUCAGACUCAAAACCUGUUGUCCUAUAUAUAUGGUAUCCUAUAUGUACUGGAAUAAAGAUUCAUUGCAAAAAUAA